GUGGCCGCGGCGGGCUGAGGCAGACCGUUGGCGCCCCGCGCAUGCGCCCCCGGCUGGGCAGGGGAGCUCGCCGCCGCCGCGGCGGGGCGCGAGGAGCGGCGGGAGCGCGUGCCGCGGCGGAGAGGGCACGAGGAGCAGCCUGUGGGCCUGCCUUGAGGGGAAGCAGCAGGUGUUGGUUGUUUUACUGACAACACUUUGUCCCUGGUCCUGCAGAUGCACAGGUGCAGGUUCCAUCUUUCAUUCUUAUUGGUCCUGUUUCGUACCAUUUUGCUGAUCCACGCUUACUUGAAGGGCACAGCUGUGCUAUAGAUUUGGCAUCUAAGUGGAUAGGGCUUUAAGGAUCUUUCUGAAGCCCUGUAGCAUAUCACGAAGAUCUGAGGCAAGGUCUGUGCAAACAAGGUGCUUAACUUAUGGUCUAGAGACCUCUGAACAACCAACUUGUUGAUGCAUUAUGUGUGAAAGCAAGUGAGGUCCUUGGAGAGAGAACAUGCUCUGCUAAAUGGCUGUGAAUUAAGUGUGGAAGAAUGAACUGUCAGAACAGCAGAGAGGUGCCCGCUGUGUUGACCUCAUUGAAGUCUGGAGAAUGGUGGUGGAAGGGACUUGGUGAAAACUGCAGGUCACAGAGGAUGCAAAUCUGAAAUGGCCCUGCUAUCUUCCCCUGCCCUCCUGUCCUCACAGUGUCGUUAGGCCACAGUGUUACUGGAACCUGCAAAGCCAAUGGAUGAACAGGACAAUGAUUUUAAAGAGUUGUGGGCAAAUCUUUUGGGUAGAGCGAAGAAAAAAGCUGGGGAUGCUGAGGCAGCGAAGAGGGCUCAGAGCAGGUCAAAGAGCACUGCAGCAAGAAGCAAAUUAAGAAGAGGCAAAGCUGCUGCUAAGAGCCAAAACCAUCACCACUUACCAGCAGCAAAGGCAACAAACUUCCAUCAAGAUUUGGGUCCAAAGAAACAAACAUUGGUGCACAAAGAUGAUGAUGAUGCUGUGGCCUGUAGUAGUGGUGAGACUGCACAAGGGGAUGGAAAGAGAAGCCCUUUCCCUGCCAGCCAGCAGAGUACAGUGUCCACUGAGUGUAGCCAUAGGACCCUGACAGUAAAUACUCUGAGUGGCUCUUCCCAAACUACGUUAUCCUUCCAUCCUGCUACGCAGCCAGGGACCUGCGCUUCACCCACCUCAAAGAUACCGCCGCUGGCAGGGUCAAAGAUGCGAGUAGCAGAGCUGGUAGUGGAGAGAAUGCAGCAGUUCAAGAGAGUGGCACCUGAACAGCUAAAACACACCACAGACGACGGCUUACCGAAGUCUGUAGCCAGCAUGGAUUUCCCUGACGAAAGCCAGGAGCAGAACCCACCAGAGAACGAUACCCACCAUCUUCCAUCCAUGGAGCAUGACGGUGCUCUGGCUUUGGCUCUUCAGCAGGAAACCAAAGAGGAAGCCCUGGCAAGCCUAGAGGAUGUAGGCUUGUUUUUUUGUCAGAUCUGCCAGAAGGAUCUCUCAGCCAUGAACACAGUGCGACGAGAGCAGCAUGUUAACAGGUGUCUGGAUGAGAUGGAAGAAGCACAGAUGUCAUCCUCCAGCAAACCACCGGUCCCUGAAUGUCCCAUCUGCGGGAAGCAGUUCCAAACCCCACAGAGCCGAGUCAGCCACUUGAAACGCUGUGCUGUCGAGAUGGACGUUCCUCCUAACCUGCUUCUUCAGGCAGUGCAAUUGCAGGUGGCCACAUUUGGGGAUGCACCUCUUCAGUCUCCCAGCAAUCAACCGAGCAGGUCAAAGCGAAAAGGCACCGCCAAAGAGGACUCAAAGAAAACACAGAAGAGGGCCAAAAUGGAGACUAAGGAUGAAGAUUUGCUGGUUGCUAUGGCAAUGUCACGCUCUCUGUUGGAGCAAGAAAAGCAGGAACAAGCAAAAUCAGUUACAAAUGUGAAACCGGUGGCUGCUUUGCCAAUCAAAUGGAAGCCAGGAUCAGAGAAAAAGCGGCGUAGAAGAGGCCCAACUGCAACUCCACCAUUACUGCUUCAGGACCCGGAGAAAGCCCGCAAAAGGAUCCAAGAGCGAGUAGCUAUGCUGCUUGCAGAAGAGGUGGAAUUCCCUCCCACCCCUAAGCUUCCCACUAGUAGGAUUUUGGAGGAUAAAUCUGGGAAAGCAACCUGGCUCUUGCCAUUGUCCAAAACCAGGCAGUGCUUUUUAUGGAAUAUCAGUGCUCUGACAGGACCCUAUGACCCGGAAUCAUUCUACACUGCUGAAUUAAUCCCUCCAAUUGUACCUUGGAAGCCUGUGCAGAAUCAUAAGCCAGAGAACCUUCUGCCUUCCGUGGAAUCCGAUCAGCCAAAAACAUCCCAGCAAAUUCAGCCUGACCUCAGUUCUCACGAGCCCACGUGCACACAGGUUGGAGGCCAAACUUCUGAUGAAUCCAAGUCAGGCCGUGAAGGAGAUGGGCAGUUUUUAUCUCACAGCCAGAAGGAUGUUCAGACCCUGCAGGACCUAGUUGAGUUGGCCAGGGAAGGACUUACCCUCACUCAGUGGAACCUUGACGUUGACCACGUUCAGGCAGCGGAGCAGCCAGGAAAAGAACUGACUUCCAGUGAUACUCCACAUAGCGGCUUUGUGCCCGCGUCCAAAGAGAAGAGCCUCCUGAUGAGCAGCGGUAAAAGGUCCUCUCUCAGGUUGCUGGCUGAAGAUUUCAGUGCAAUGGUCAACAACCCCCACUUAAGUGAUGUCCAAUUCCAGGUGGACUCUGGGGAAGUCCUUUAUGCCCACAUGUUUGUGUUGUACGCACGGUGUCCGCAGGUCGUUCAACUUGUUCACAGCGAAGGGUUCUUGGUGGAGGAGGAUGGGAACGCGCAGACGCGCCGUGUGCUGCUGAGUGACGUGACAGGAGAGGCAGUGUGCGCCUUCCUGCGAUACCUUUAUGCUGCUGAUGCUGACAUCCCUGCUGGGGUGCUGCCCCAGGUGGGGACUCUGGCUGCCAGGUUUGGUGUGAGGGAACUGAUGGCAAAGUGUGAAAACAACACUGGAGAGAGUCAGGUGUCUUCUGGAGUGGAUUCAGAAGAUGAUCUUAUCUCUGUGAGGGAUGAAAAAGAUUGUGAGGACAGAGCUGAGAACUUCCAAGACCUCUUGAAGUCAGUGUGGGUGGGUGAAGAUGAGGAAGAAGAACCUAUGCUGGACCCUGAAUGCCAGAAGGAAGAUGACAAUGGGGUGGGUGAACAGGAGCUGGAGGAAAUCUAUGAGUUUGCUGCAACUCAGAGAAAGAUGGCUCAAGGUGAAACAGAGGUGAGCGAGGGAACAGACUGCAGCGUCUGCAGUGAUACUGAGGCAGCCCAAGGUACAAACCAGCAAACUGAGGAGGAAGAGGUAGAGAGAUCUGAAUCUGCUUCAAUAAGCAACAACUUCAAAGAUUUGAGGGAUGACAAUGAUGUGGAAAGAUCUAAAUGUGGCUCCUCUGCACAGGAGAAAAUGCAGAAUAUAAAUAGGUGCAAGAGUGUGAAUGCUGCACAGACCACUUUUGUUCUUCACCACAGUGAACCUCAAAAAUGGGACGUAGCAUCCCAUGGUGCCACCGCUAAUGAAGGAGAGACCGUUAGGAGAGAUGAAGGUGUGAAGGAUUCCAAGUCAUCUCAGGUCUCACAUGAUGGGGCAGAUCACUGUGAAGAACAGUUUCCUAACUUCAACAGUGAUACUAAUAUAAAUGAAAGUUAUGAACACUUGUUUUCUGCAACUCAGGGGGAUUACUGUGAGCCUUCCCCAAUGGAAGAGGUUAUCAGAGAAUCAGGAAAGGCUCCUAGUGAAAAACAUGUUGAUGUUAAUGAUUCACAUCUGUACAGCAAGUCACAAAAAGACCUCUCUCCACAUAGGAAUGGUUUUUACAGGAGUCCUCCUCCUAAACUUUAUGUGCCCCUUUUUCCUGCUCUUGGGUCUUCACCUGCAUCCCCAAAAAGAGAGAGAAAGCGUGCCAGAGAACAUGUGUCGACACCAAAGCAAAACAAAAAGGAAAAAUCAUUCCCAUCUGAUGAAACGCGCUUUCAGAAAGCCAAUGAGCAGGAUACUGCAUCAAGAAACGACAACACAAUUUCUCCAGCAGAGCUUCUCAACGUUGAUCUAAACAAGCAUACGUAUGUGCCAGUGUUGUCAUCACCCAUCGUCAGAACUGGGGAUGCUGCAGCUCAGGGGAACGAGGAGGGUGAUGUUAUUGUUUUAUCUUCUGAUGAUGAAAUGGAAUUACAACAAAACAAGAAGUCACCAGAGUCAGGCUCUGCUCAGAAGGAAAUGGAAAUCCCUGGGCAACUGAAAUGUACAAACAUAGAGCGAGGUCCUGAAACACCAAAACCUGAACCUAACUCAUCAGUCGCUGAAACAGAGCUGAGAUCAACCCAGGGCUCAGGUGGCAUUACGGAUACAGGGCAUAUAAGUAACAAUGUAAAGAUAUCCACUGAAUUGCCUCUCAGUAGACAAAUGGAUGCUUGCACGGAGAGCAAACGCAGUCCAAACCUGAGCCCUCAAAAAAGCCUUGGUCAUGAAAUGUCUUCAUGUACAGACAGCUCCUGGCUAGUGCCAGACACACCGGUUCUGAGCAAAAGCAGAAGUUUCUCAACACAGACUGUGAUCACCAGUAUUAAUUUUUUAAAGAGUCCAGGAUCUAAACUCAGCACAAAGAACUUAGCAGCAGAUAAUAGUAACCAUGAAAUGGCUGGAAAUUUAAUAAAAGUUGGUGAAACAAUGUUGUCAGACAAACAUUUGCCUAUGGAAACCUCAGUCAGUGGAGGGAGCCUUCCCAGCAGCCCAGCACCGGGAUCGUUUUCCAAGAACUCCCCACCGGUUUCUCCAGCAGAUCCAGUUCUGUCCCCUGGACACACCAACAUAAAAAGCAAGUGUGCCAAGAUCUCAUUUUUAUCCCAACCUGCGCCUCCACGCCAGGAGCAGUUGUCGGAAGAUAAAGCAAAUAUCAGUGUGGUUGAGGUAGAGGACAGUGAAAAGGAAAUAAGUCUCCCUUCUGUGAGUAGUAGCGUCCUGCUUUGUGACGAGCCCCCAAUCCCCUUCAAUGACUGCUGGCAGGUUGAAUAUCUGUCGCCAGUCAGAGGUAACAGCCAGGACUCCAACCGGGUCAGCCAUGCGAAGACCAGCACUGCCAGCAGCGCCCAACCAGGCUCUUGGCACAACCAGGGGGAGAGCCCAGCCCACGCGCAGGAAAUUAAGGGCAGUACCCCUCUUCGAGGAAGUCCUGUUGGCAGAAGAACAACUUUGCUCUGUCUUGAAAAGAGCCCUAUUGAGGCAUGUUCACCAGUGGGCAGUAGACCAAGUUACCUGAACUCCAAAAUCUGGGAUGAUUGGAACGGAGAAGAGGAGGAAGAUGAAUUUCCAGAGAUGCUUCCUCUGUCUCAGCGGUUGCCAGCUGCAGCCGGUGCCUGUCAGACAGAUCCUGUGGAGACUCCUGAACCUUCCUUUCAGGAGAACGACAAGCCUCCCAGCACUCCAAUGACACCAAUGCCAGCUUACUCCAUCAUGGAGACCCCGCAGCUGAAGAAGGAGUUGAGCAGAUUUGGGGUUCGUGCUCUCCCAAAACGCCAGAUGGUGCUGAAGCUGAAGGAGAUAUUCCAGUAUACUCACCGGGAUGUGGACUCUGACUUUGAGGAUGAUAUCCCAUCUUCCCAGCGUCCCCUGCAGAAGUCCCCAGCCAAACGUUCUAAGCAGUCGAAGGCAGGCCAGGCUGCAGGUGGAAAGCGUGCCAGUGCCCCAAGGGCUGUGGGCAAAAGGAAGCAGGUUGCUACGGCUUCUUCAGUGCUCCCUGUGGGGAGGGCUGAUGACGACCUUGUUGGAGCCCAUGAAACAGGCUGUGCAGCACCCAAGGAGGGAACUAAAAUGUCACAUCACCCAGAAGGAGGCAAAGAGCACAAAAGGUCAUCUAUAUCUCCAGAGGGAUGGUCUCUGGAAGCUGAUGGUGAGGAACCAAUGCUCUCGGCAUCUCAGGAGUCUGCAGUUUCUUCAUUGGAUGGAAGCGACAUCUCUUUUGGUUCACAGAGUUCUUUUGUGAAUGGAUUUGAAGCCUGUGCUUUUGCAUCCGAGGAGGAGGAAGAGGAGUUUCCAGCAUCUCAGGCAGCAGCUCGGGAAGAAGAGAAGCUGGAGGCAGUAAGGUGCUACAUCCGUUCAAACACAGCCCUGUACCGCAGGAUUCUCUUUUAUGAACCAAUUGAACUGGCAGACCUGCACACAGAGCUGAAACAGAACGGCAUUAAAAUUUCCAAGGCAAAGCUGCUGGACUUUUUAGAUGCUCACUGUAUCACAUUUACCACAGCCGGAGCCCGGAAAGAGAAGGAACAGAAAAGAAAGGGGAAGAAAAAACAGAGGAGACGAUACUGAAUGGAGCCCACUCCUCCAUCCUGAAAAUUUUGUACAUGGAGGCCUUCCUGAUAAGCUGGAAACGCCGUUCCAGCCUGGUGCUAGCAGUGGUGCUGUGAUCGGUGGGUGCACUGCUCCUCCCUGUGGUCUGCUCGCAGAUGACAUGCUGGAGAAUGGCUCUGACGAAUUGCCCACUCCUCCAGUGCCUUCAGCGCGCAGGUCAUCUGGAGCCUCUUCCCCGUCCCCCUAUUUUCUUCUUGUGCCUUUUCUUUCCAUUUUUCUAAUACGUUUUAGGUCCCCAACUUUUCUUCCUGGUGGUGCUUCUAGAGGCAGGUGCUUCCCCCCGUGACACUUGCCAAGACCUUUUCCCUGGCCUUAGGCUGAGAAAUGCUUCACCCUUCAAAUUCCAGUAUUCAGUAGAAUAACCCGCCUGCAAGAAACCUGUCCCCUUUACCCCUGUGUGAAGCACUGACUGUUUAAAGCCCAGUGACUUCUGUCUUCCUUUCUUCAGCAUACAAUUGCCCUGCUGAUUGUUAAGGCAGGGAGUGUUGAGGAAAAACAAUGCCUGUCUUCUGUCCUCAGCUCAAUUUGUAAUUUCUGGUAAAACUCUUAAAUCUGUGUUUCUUAAAUGGCUGCAAAACAGCAGAGGUGUUUUUCUGGUCUCUCUGUGAUGUCUCCCAAACAUGCCCUCUGACACCAGGUGUCAUCUGAAAGCCCUUUAGAUUCGAACAUUUGGUUCUAUGUGUUCGCUUGCGUGCUAGAUCUGUGUUAAAGGUACCAUCUGCUCUAUUUUCUGAGUGCCGUUUUACCUUGUCAGUGUAGCUGGAGUAUGUCCUUGACAGAGAUGUUUUUAAGAAAACAGUAUUAUAGUGCCCAUUGGAUCUCUUCAGCACUUCUAACCUGAUCUAAACCCACUUCUCUGACCAGUCUUGUUUUCAAACUGGACUGAUCUUGGGUUGUAAACUGUCUGGGACUCUUGGGGAAGUCUCGGACCCUAAAUUGUCAUCUUUUAUGUAUUUACUUUCACAACAUCUUCUGACUUUUGUCUGUUCUGACAGUUCUGAGUCUGCAAAGGGUCUCACUCAACAAAAGGGACACAACACUUCAAAAAAAGAAGCCAGAUUUCUAAACCUAUUUAUAUAUUUGGAACUUAUAAAUAUUUUUCUAUUUUUGUUAAAGCAUAUCCUUGGUUUUAUUUGAUUUAUAUUCUACACAAUAAACUAUUUGCGAUGUAAUGAUAGACUAUAAAUAAUGUCUUAUGACAGACUUGGGUGGGGUUUCGAAGCACCAAAGUUGGGUCUAGUCGAGAGCAGUAGAGUCCACAGUCUGUGCCUGAACUGUCCGAAACCCCAAGCAGAGAACUGGAGGAAGGAGAGUUGUCACAAGUGCCCAGCAGCAAGAAGAGGUGGAAUAGGAGUGACCACCUGGCAGCAGCUGAUGAAUUGGCUACCUGGAGAGAGACGAGCUAGCCAAAAGUAAGGGAGACCUGGGGUGGAGGGUCCGGUGGGCUGCUGGUGGAGGGGAAAUGGGCGACCACUUCUGAACCUCCUCUGUCAGGUGUCAUGGCGUUGUAUGAUGGUGGGGGGACCUCCUAGCAAAGCCUUCUGCCAUGUCUGGUGAAUUUUCAGGAAUUUGGGAUGGUUUUCUCCCUUGGCAGUCACAUCACUUUUCCUUCCCCCACCUUCUUGUGCGGGAGUUGCCAGGAGAUGACUUUGUUACGUGGAAAGGACAAGGCUUGCCUGAAGUGGCAUUCUAGGAAAUGUUGUUUCCCUCAGUAUACCAUGUAUUCCUCUCUCAAGUACGCACUUCAUACACGGAAAAAGCUUCCGUCCUACUUACCAGUCUUAAUAUGAGAAAAUAAAUAAGAUCCCUUCCCUGCUUUUUUGCUCUGUUUUUCAGUAAGACUUGUAUUUACGAUCACAGAUUUUGCAGUUAAUUCUUUAUUACAUCUUAACCUUCAAUGAACGCAGUGUCACUGUGCAGUGGAUAUAGAUUACAAUCAUUCAAAUAGCACUGUGUUAUAAAAAAAUGUUCAGUGUGUUAUGAAAAAAAUCAGAAUGUUAAUCACUUAAAGGUCUCCAUCCUCCUGUCUUUGUCAUCCUUAAACCUUGCAACUGGGCGGUCUUUGCCUAAUGUGGAAAGAUGAUUUCAAAUACCACUUCUGUGCUGCCAGGGUUUGGAGGUGACCGUUCUGCAGAGGCUUGCCUCGAUGCCUCCUUGUUGCUGAGGCUGACAAAAUGAAAUGUCUCUCGUAAUUCUAGAACUUUUCUCGGAUGAUGAGAAAAGGAUUUAACAUCUUUUACAGCCUUCAAGACCGCAAGGACAGAUCUGCCAUACACUGCAAAUUAUCUGAAAGCAAUUAUUCAUUCGCCUGCUUCAUUUAUCCGUAAGCAAAGCGUGCCUCCCCGAGCUAACGCUGGUGUUGCCAUCUGCCAGUGAUAAUGUGUUGCCAAACAGUUGGAUUUGUAGCUAUUUCUGUGUUUUCUUACCUUGCUAAUGCAGGCUCAUUUGUCUUGGAAAAUACAUUGUCAUCAUUUUUUAUUUCCAACUGUGUACUAACAGCUAGCAAAAAUAU